CUGGCGCAUGCGCACUGUGUAGCAGACGAGGUAGCGCGUCUGUUUUGCUGGUGGGAAAAUCGGAUCUCAGCCCCUUUAGUGUUACUUUUUUUGCGCAGAACUAUUACUACAGAGGGAAUAUGACUGAAGGGUGUUUGUUACUUUUGUACUCUGACACAGAAGCGUGAUGUUUUCAGCCAACAUGGAAACUAAAAGACUGGAAAUCCCCUCAAGCGUACUGGACGAUCUGUGCAGCCGGUUCAUCCUCCACAUCCCCAGCGAAGAGCGGGACAAUGCUAUUCGUGUGUGCUUCCAGAUUGAGCUGGCCCACUGGUUUUAUCUGGACUUCUGUAUCCAAAACACUCCGGGAGCGCCUCAGUGUGGAAUCAGAGACUUCGCUAAAGCCGUUUUCCAUCAUUGUCCUUUUCUUCUGCCACAUGGAGAGGAUGUGCAAAAGGUUCUGGAGGAAUGGAAGGAGUACAAGAUGGGUGUCCCCACUUAUGGGGCAAUCAUUCUAGACGAAUCACUUGAAAAUGCACUGCUUGUUCAAGGUUACCUUGCUAAAUCUGGCUGGGGCUUUCCAAAGGGGAAGGUGAACGAGGAUGAAGCUCCUCAUGACUGUGCAGUUCGUGAAGUGCUAGAGGAGACAGGCUUUGACAUCAAGAAUCGCAUCAGCAAAGAUAUGUACAUCGAGCAGAAGAUCACUGACCAGUUGGUACGGCUCUAUAUCAUACCAGGAGUGUCCAAGGAUACAAAGUUCAAUCCCAAAACACGGAAAGAGAUCAGAAAUAUCGAAUGGUUUCCUAUCGAGAAGCUGCCCUGUCACAGGAAUGACAUGACCCCAAAGUCUAAACUCGGGCUUGCACCUAAUCGAUUCUUCAUGGCCAUUCCAUUCAUCAGACCACUGCGAGAAUGGAUUAGCAGAUUAAGAGGUGAAUCUGACAGUGAUGAGGAGCUGGCUAACCGGAUGACUCCGUCCAAGCCUUUAGACAAUAUUAGGUCAAAGAGUCGAAACAAUGUUGCCACUGAUGUAUGUUCUGGAGAGGGGUGGACCAAACACAAGCAGCAGAGGACUCCAGGACAGAUGAGCCAGAAUGACCCCAACCAGAAGCUGGUUUUGAGAGGCAGUGGCAAAAAAAGACAGGACUCUCCUUGUGUAAAGAGAGGAACUGGUGAAAAUGGAUCUAGCAACCAGCAGAAAGAAGAAAAACGGCCUCAACCCAGAAGACUACAGGAGAUGUUUGAAAGAGGAUAUUUAAAUUUGUUAUUACAGUCCCAUAUUUGGGACCUGUAACAAAUUUUGGGGGCUCGAGUCCGGGAUUGGCGCCACCGCUGACAGCUGUUGGAGGACGCCAGUCCAGUGAUCCAUGAACCUGUGGACCAGACGGUGACGUGUCAUCAGAGUGAAGAGGGUCUGUCCAAAUCCAGGGCGUCUGACUGCUGCCAGAGCAAGGGAGUUCGAGGACCACAGACAUCUGACAACCGUCAAUUAUGAGCCACGAGAGAAAGAAGCUGGUGUGGUCCAUCAAGAAGGGACUGUUCCAUCUGUCUGUUGAUGAACUGUUCCAGCUUGCAACUGACAUUACGCCAACACCCGACCAGGACCCAGCUAAGUUGCACCAACAUGAUGACGAGAGUGGUAUUGAGUAUUUGUGCUCAUACAUGGACAGUGUAGCUUUACUGGAAUUGGAGGAUGAGGGCAUGUUGCAGUUACUUCUGCUAAAAGACCAGGUUGACGAAAUGAUUAACAGCCAUAGUCAGAGUGUGGGUCGUGGGGGUAGUGGAGAUUCUAAUGUGUCUGAUAUGAAGGUGGUAUCUGAUGUGAAAGUAUCACCGGUGAUAUCUGAGGUUGCACGCAUGAACACCCAGGGUACCAGUAUACACACUGCGAAAACAUAUUUAGCUUCUCAGACCAAAGAUCUUGAAACACAGAUUAGUAAAUUGUUCACUGUGUACAAUGAACUCAAGCUAAAACAGAGUAGUGCUCCACCCACCACGCACAUGGUAGACAAUCCACCCACUGCUCGUGACAGUAGCCAGUCUCGCAGCCCACAUGACACACUGCAACUGCACUCAAACACCUCACACACCACCUAUAGCACAGAAAGCAUGAUUGCCCUUAAAGACCUUCCCCUCCUACAAAGGAAAGAGUUCAAGAUACAUGGUGGGCAAAUUGGCGAUAACACUUCAGAGAUCAGUUACAGCAACAUCACUAGGCAGAUUGAUGAAGGCCUCAGAGAAAAUCACACUGAAGGUGAGAUCACCCGAGCUGUGCUACGUGUCAUAAAGCCUGGCAACUUCAAAGACAUGCUUGCUAGUAAAGAGGACAUGACGGUAGGUGAACUCAAGAGCUUCCUUCAGUCACACCUAGGAGAGAAAAGCAGCACUGAGCUCUUCCAGGAACUCAUGACGGCCAAGCAGCACGAGCAUGAAACACCGCAGCAGUUCCUGUACAGGAUGAUGGGGCUAAAACAGAGAGUGAUAUUAACAUCCAAGUGGGCGGGAGCAGACAUCAAGUACGAGGCACUAACAGCACAGAAUGUGUUCCUCCACACCAUCUAUCGGCUUAAGCGAAAAGCAUGACUACGUCCGUCGUGAGUUAAAACUCCUCCUCUCCGACCCUGCAGUCACUGAUGAGACACUCUUGAGGCAGGUCACUAAAACAACAAGUGAGGAGAGUGAGAGAAAGCGACGCUUGGGGCGCAGCACCCAUCCAAGAACCGCUCAUGCUCAAAGUACUGAAGCCAGCAGCAGGGACGAGAGUGCAGGGAAGUGUAGCGCUGACCGCAAGGACGAGCAGAUUC